AUGAAGCUUUUCAGAUACCUUGCCAUUACUGCAUUGGCUGGAGCCACACAAGCCUCUCCUGCUAAACGCGCGGUUGACGACGCUACUAUUCUCAAUUAUGCACUCACUUUGGAACAUCUUGAAGCUGCAUUUUAUGCCACUGGGCUGAAGAACUUCACUCAGGUUGAUUUCAUCAACGCCGGCUACGCGGACCCGUUCUACAUCAAUUUACAAAGAGUGGCGUCAGACGAGGCGGAGCAUGUUACCUUUUUGAGUACAGCCCUCAAGAGUGCUGGCGCUCCUGCAACCGCUGCUUGCGCUUACGCCUUCCCAGUCACCGACGUGGAUAGUUUCAUUGCCACCGCCAACAUCCUUGAAGGUGUUGGAGUAAGUGCAUACUUGGGCGCGGCCGCCUCAAUCGCCAAUAAAGCCUACUUGACUGCGGCUGGCUCCAUCCUUACUGUUGAGGCUCGACACAGCUCCUACCUCCGCGCUAUAGCUGGUGAAGUUCCUUUUGCUCAGCCUUUUGAUGAUCCUCUAGAUCUCAAUGAAGUCUACACCCUUGCCUCUUCUUUUAUUGUGUCCUGCCCUUCAUCCAACCCAUCGCUACCCGUGAAGGCAUUCCCUUCCUUGACGGUCUCUUCAACUGGUACUCUCAAUGCUGGUUCUCAAGUUGUUCUAGCCACUAGCAGCAAUGCCCAGGCUCCGAGUAAGGUUUAUGCAGCAUUUGUUACGGUUACAGGCCCAGUGUUCACGACUGUCACUCCGUCUGGCGGUGGAUACUCAGUCACAAUCCCGAGCGGCGUAAUGGGUCAGAGCUACAUUGUCCUUACCUCCAGCAACGGAACUGUCUCCGAUGAGAACAUUGUCGCUGGCCCUUCUGUCAUAGAGGUUGGCGCAAAGAAUGGCAAACCUUCGCCGACAAUUACUCCUUCUAUUCCUUCCAGUACUGGUGUCCUACCAUCCAAAACCUCAUCUAUUCCCCAAUUCACAGGCGCUGCCAGCGCUAUUGGGGUUUCAUCCGGCGUCAUGAGCGCCAUCGCUGUCGCGGCAGCGAUCAUUUUCGCAUAG